UUUUCACUUGGCAGUCUGUUUUAACGUUUCCGAAAAUUUGUUAAUCAUAUUACCUCCAACGAUGAGCAGUGACGAAAAAGAUAGCAGCGAUGAGCUCUGGGAGCUGAUUCAGGAGCAAAAGUUCAUCCACAAAGAGGAAGUCGCACAGGAAACCAACCCCAGUCGGAAGAUGCUCAAAUCCUGGCUGAAUAACACCUUCCGGAUAAAGAUGACCGAUGGGCGGAUAUUGAUAGGCAUGUUCGUGUGCACCGAUGCCGACGCCAAUGUGAUUCUAGGGCUGACCAGUGAAUUCACCGAGAACGGAGGCGAAGAACGGGUGCUGGGAUUGGUGAUGAUUCCCGGACGAUACAUCGUCUCAAUCGAGAUCGAUGAAGCUAACCUGGUCAAUGUAAAUUAGUUUUUGUUUAAGCUUAUAGGAUUUUAUUUAUUUGAACAACGCAAACUGUACACUCUCGGUAUGAUUGAAA